AUGCCGGAUGCCAGCACAGAGGGUGUGGAGCUGGUCCUGAUGGGAGCCGAGCCGAGUCGGCUAGAAGCGGCAAACCUCGACGCGGAGCGUUUGAUCCCGACAAGCUGGACUCUGCCACCUCCCAGCGCAUGGCCACCCCGCGCACCCACGCGGAGGAGGUCGAUGCUCACAGAGGUGACGAGCAGAGAGGCUCAGAGAGGUUCCAUUCCCAAGCUUGGGAAAGCGAAACUGGCGGUGGUCCUGUACACCUUCGCACGCAUUGUUGCCAAUUUGGCCGUAUUCCCAAGGGAGCAUGCAAGGGAGCAACACGACGCCAAUAUGUUUUGUGGCGAUGACGAGACAUGUUACCAGUGGUACCAAUCUGAAUUCACGCCUUCAAUACUCACCUGGGGCCUCCUGUGUGACAGCAUCUUGAGGCCCUUUAUUACAGGACUGGGACUCUAUGUGCUGUUUCAUCGCAAUGAUCGCCUAUCUGUGAAAUCACCGCUGCACCUUUGGACCAAAGCGGUGCUCUUCUGCCUUGCUUCUUUUCACUGUGACUUCAGCGUGACCCUAACUUCUGGUAGCUUGCGCUGGCGUGGUGGUGGUGCUGGGUGGCUACUGAUGCCAUGGGAAGUUCUCUGCAACUGCAUGCAGCUGCACAUGAUAAAUUUGAAAUUGCAUGCGCUGGGCUGGCAGCUCACGGCGCAAGUCUGCAAGGCCUUGAUGCUUGGACAGCUGCUUUCUUGGGCAACUUGGGCGUUUCUGUGGGGGUCUUUCCGCUAUAACCUAGGUUGGGUAGCGGACACUAUUGUCCUGUGCCCCACGAUGCUCAUCCUGGAGUUUCUCGGACUGUUUUACUCAGCAAGCAGAGCUCUUUUCGUGGGUUGGCGUGAUGGUACAAUCAGAGCAACUGCGUGGUGCCUGUACAUCAACUCCUUGCUGCUGUGGCUGGGGCCCGUCCUCAGUUAUUGUGGGUUGUUAGGUUUUCAAUAUGGGCAAAAUAGGCGAGAUGGUGCGAAUGCCCCCAGUGGAAUCUUUGAGACAGCAACAGAUGCCACCCUGACUUUGGACAUUGGUUUCCAAGUCUUGAAUGUGCUGCUGCUCAGUGGAAUUGUCGGCCCCCGGCAGUGGCAAGAUCCCAUGGCGGCUUUUCAAAGGUUGGCAUACCUGCAGGGUUUCGGCCUCGCGUCCAAACGGAUUGCUUUCCCCGGGCAGCUGAACCCACAUUCCAAGGACUGCGUCGUAUCGUUCCCUGGGAAGUACAGCCAGCAAUGGGACGAGGCAGUGUCUACUGCCAAGACACAGCAGGGCUUUUCGCUUGCAUGUGUGUUCCUCACGGACCGUGUGUCUGGUCUGGGCGAGCACGUCGAGAAUCCAGAUGCGUCGGGUGAGUGCUGGUGCCGCGCGAUUUACGGGCAGUUGCCUGCCUCAACCUACCUGGCCGUAGUCGAUGCACGUCCUGAAGGUUGCUGCAAAGUGCUGGGAGGGCUGGGACCGGGACGGCAAGGCCUCUCACAACAGGACUUGGAGUUCAAACGAGCAGAUGCCCAGGCCAUGGGCCAACGCCUGGUCGUCCGACGGAAUCAAGCAGACUGGGAGUGGGAGCGAGAGCUCCAAGAAGCCGAAGAGGACGCCCGAAGGCGCUGCACGGAGAACCAGGGCCGUGCUCCUUGGGGAUGCAGAUGGUUCGAGGACUGGCGCAGGAACGUUGAGAGAGCCGUGGAGCUGAAGCAAAGCCUUCACGUCUUCUACUUCGAGGGCCGCACUGGUCAGGGCAAUGGUUUGGGAUCAGCUCCCCUGUCAGGAGGCCAAGGAGCGCGUGCGGCUUCAGAGCGGCUUGGGCGCCUCCCAGACGGCUGA